ACCUUCCAAAAAAAGAACAAAAAAAAAGAACAGAGAAAGUAGCUUAAAAACUAGAAAAAUGAUAGUUGAAAAAAAAAGUGGAAAUUGCCAAAUUCAUUAUCUGAUUGAGGGAGGGUUUGUUAUUGUAUGUAUUAAAUAAGUAAAUAGGCACUAUGUUCUAUUUGUAGUAGAAUGUGAUGUGUAGGGCAUGGAGACCUUUUAAGCUUGUCGUUAAAUUAGUGUACUUAUAGAUAAAUAAAUACAUAUACAUAUAUAUUUACGUAGUUACUAACGGGAUGUAUAAAAUGUACCUGUAACAUAGCACUCCAUCCUACAUUGAUUAAUAUACUCCAUAUUAUAUUCAUAUAUGUAUAUUUAUUCAACACAUGGCGAUUACUAAUCCACAAUUUCAAUUAUUGUUAAGGAUAAGAGAUGGGUAAAAAUAUUUGGCAAGUUAGACAGAAAUGACGUAAAUCCAAUAUAUAUGAUCACAGAUUUAGUAGAAAUAUCGAUAAGCAAAGAAAAAUGUACUGACCUAGAUAGCUUUGAUAUUGUCACGACUAGAAACUAUGAUCCUGAAAUGUUUGUACUUAGUAGGCCUAUCUUUCACAGUGAUAAAAAAUCUGUCUAUACUGAAUUUCUAAAUAAGAGUAAUAACAAUUAUUCGAGAUCUAAUGAUAAAAUUACUAGUGAUGUUGCAAAUCGUUUGGCUAUAGCUGAAAGAGAAAUAGGCGAUGUAAAAGGUAAAUUACGAAUUGUAGCCGCGGAUUACGAAAGAGAAAGGCAAAAGGUUGGUAAGCUCGAAAAAAUUCUACACGAAAAAAAUAUGGAAAUACGCCAAGGACUUGUUAAACUUAUAGAAAAUGGCCAAUUGAAUACACUAACUUCUUUAGUUGAUGCCGAAGUACAAUUAAAAUCGAUGGAAGUAGACAAUGAGAAUUUACGUCACGACUACGAAUCUCAGAGAACUGCAACUGAAACGGUUGUUAAAGAAAACACUGAGCUUAUGCGAAAGUUAGACGAAUUUGCCAGAGAAUUAAUGAUAAAACAAUCUCUUCUUACAGAGAUAACAGAUCAGAACAGAAAUCUUGAAACUAUAUUUAACAACUCCAAAAUGGACAUGGAUCGUACUAAAAAGCAGUUACAAAACUACGAUAAUCAACUUCAUAGAUGUGAACAAGAUGCUAAAAGACAAUUAAUUGAACUUGAAAAUCGUAUGAAGAAUAUGCAAAGAGAUUACGAAGAUGCGGUAGCUCUCUUUAAGGAAGACAAUAAGGUGCUUACAGCAGAAAUUGCAUGCCACAAAUCGUUAGUUGAAGGUAAAACUCAUGAAUUAAAACAAAAAGAUAAGCAACUCAAGAGCCUUUCAAUCGAAAAUGAUGAUCUAGGCAGAAAGCUUGAAAUUAUUACGAACGAAAGUCUAACUGGUAGAGAGGAGAUUGAGCGAAUGAUGAAUGAGUAUGAUAAUAAAGCAAAAGAGAACGCCACUCUUCGGAAUAAACUUGAAGAAAAAGACAGCGAGAAUGAAAAGAUAAAAUGUGACAAAUAUGCUCUUGAAAGAGAAGUUGAAAGGCUAUCCGAAGAGCUUUAUAGGAUAAAAGACGAAGUAGUAGAAGCGGGAAGGCGUCUUGGAGAUUGUAGAACUCAAAUAAAUCGUUUAGAAAGGGACUUUCAAAGUUCACAAGAUCAUAAUAUUGCUCUACAAAGUGAUAUUAGACACUUAGAGACUCAACGAUUAGCAUAUAAAGAACAGCAAGAGUUGGCUAGCCGAGCAGCUGAACAGAUCUCAGACGAGAAUAGACUGUUAAAGCAGGAUAUUCAAAUGCUUAAAGAUCGAUUUGACGAUGAGCAAAACCACUUGAGGCAGGAAAGACAAAGAUGUUCCGAAGCCAAAUGUGAAGUUAGAUGUUUGAAUGAGAUAAAUAAUCAAUUACAAAACGAUUGUGAAUUACUUAAGAGUACUCUAAAUAACGAGAAACACUUGCAUAUGUCUGUUAGAGAACAAUUAAUUCUUGAAGAGAAACAGCAAAUUCAACACGCUGAAAGAAUACAUCACCUCGAAAUGGAAGUUUCAACUUUGGAGCAAAGACUUAGAGAAGAAAGAAUUUUACAGGAAAGAGGGCUAAACGAACUACAAGAAGCUCGCAAUGAAGUUCGGAUUCUUUGUCAAAAGCUAGAAGACCGGGAAAAACUUUUAUCCGCCGAGAGAAAGAGAUUUAAAGACGGGAUAGAGAAAAUGAAAGAGAAUUUUAUUAGCGAUGUCAAGUUUAUUACUAAAGAGAAAGAGGCUAAUGGCGGAACAAUAGAAAGUUUAAGAAACGACAAUACUAAUCUUAGAGAGGAGCUACGGGAUAAAGAACUGCAAAUAAUAUCAUGUUUCCAAACACUCGAUCAAUUUAACAGUGAAUCAAAGGGAAGAAAAGAAUUAGAAAACCAAUUAAUGGCGUCCGAAGCAGAGCUCAACCAACUUAAAGUUCUUCUAAAGACAAUCAAACAAGAGAUGGAUAAAGAAAAAGAUUAUCAUAAACAAACGAUAGAGGAGAAUAAUAAGCUGAAAUUAAGUAUAAAUCAUCUUAAAGAAGGUAUGAAAAUUAUUAAAGAGGAAUAUACUAAAGAGGUUUUCACCGUUAGAGCUGAAUUGCAACAAAUAAAAGUUGAUACUGAACAAGAUAUUAGAGAUUAUAAAUCUGAAAUUAACAAUCUAUCGGCAGAUUUAAAUACUGCUGAAGCGUCUCUUAUUAGCCUACGCGACAGUAUGGAAAAUGUUAGAUUAUCUAAUGAAAACUAUGAAAAGACAAUUGACGCUUUGAAACGUCGUCUACAUCAAGAAAUAACUCGUAGAAUUAUAAACGAAGAAAGAUUAGAAGCGUUCAAUUGUCAGAGAGAAAUACUAAUGAGAAAGAAUUCAGAGAGAAAAGAUGAUAAAAAUCAUUCAACAGACUAUGAUCGGAAAUUGCAAGAGGAGAAAGAGAAGAAUUAUUUAAUGAAUAACAAACUAAAAUCACUAGAAAGUAGUUUACAAACGCAAGAAUGUCAUAUGCAAACACUAGAAAUUCAAUUGGCUGAGAUCCACAGUGAAAAUACUGCCCUUAGGCUUAAAUUUGAAUAUGGUAUAGGACAAAUGGGAAAUCAAGAAAAUGAGAAGCUAGUCGAAGAUAUGACAAAACGGCUAAACGUUUACGAAAGAGAAAGAGUAACCUUUUUCAAGUCAGCUCAAAAAUUAGCCAUAGAUCUUGAACAAUCCAGAGAGACUGUUAAAGAUAAAAGUAAACAAAUACUUAAGCAGCAAGAAGAUAUAAUGAAACUAAAGGAGAAAUUGAAAUUAUACGAGGAAGAGAUGAAUAAAUUACAGAAUAAUAAUCAAAUAAGUGAAGAUCGUAUAAAUAAACUAGAAAACAGAACUUUUAGAACUGAAUUAAUGAAUAUUCAAUCGAAAAAGAUAAACUCUCCAAAAUUACUUUUUGCUUAGGAAAACUCAUUUUUGUUUGUCUGAUUAGUCAAUUUUCCGUCAAAGUUUGUAUACUUUCGUCUAAUUAAUGCAAAAACGUGGAUAAAAACAUAGCAAAAUAUUGUUUUGAAAUUUAAAAAGAACUGAACGAAAAAAGGAAUAUAAAAA